UCACGACGGCAUUAUUAAUUCGGCGUUAUGAGCUUCCAGGCAACCAAGUGGAACAAGACCCGGACAUAAAAAGGACACGAUUCCCAUCCCGACCUCAACGUCCAGUCCCCAAAUCACCAUCUCAAUCCCUUCAUCCCUCAACACCAUGACCACCCUCACCGGCAAAACCAUCCUCAUAACAGGCGGCACCCGCGGCGUCGGCGCCGCCACCGCUCUCGCCCUCGCCCGUCUCAGUCCCCGCAAGAUCUACAUAACCGGCCGCCCCUCUUCUUCCGCCGCCGCCGACGCCUUCAUCUCCAGAAUCCGCUCCGAAGCCGACUCCCAGUCCGACCCCCAAAUCUGCAAAAACAUCACCUUCCUCCCCACCGACAACGCCUCCCUCGCUUCCGUCUCCGCCACCGCCUCCAAACUCCUAGAAACACAAGACAAAAUCAACCUCUUAAUCUGCAACGCCGGCAUCGCCGCUGCGCCGCUGGGGGUAUCAGAAGAUGGCUACGAAAUCCAAUUUGCUACCAACUUCCUCGGUCAUGCGCUGCUUAUCCGGAAACUCCUUCCCCUCUUGCGCAACUCCCAAGCCCAAGACGCUGGUGCCGGUCCGGGAGGUCCGGGAGGUCACGGAAGUGCAAGGAUCAUCAACUUGGGAUCCUACUCUUACCGCGUCGCUGGCACCGUUUCGCUCGAGCGCGUAUCCGGAGACGGCCUCAAAAAGGAUAAGGAUGAUUGGCUAGGACUAGAAAAAUGGCGGCGAUAUACGGAGUCGAAACUCGCUGUCACGCUGUACACCGCCCAGCUUGCGAAGCGGUACCCGGAUAUCACGAGCGUGACGGUCACGCCGGGGUUUGUGGAGAGUGAUAUGGUUAGGGGAUUCAGCUUUGUUGAGUACUGGGUUACCAAGUUGGGGUGUGGGUUGAUUCCGGGGCAGAGGGGGUUGGUGAGUGUGGAACAGGGGGCGGAGAAUAGUGUUUGGGCGGCGACGGUGGGAAAUGGAGGGUUGGAGAGUGGGGGGAUGUAUGAUCCUGUUGGAAAGAGGGUGCCUGAGGGGGAAAUGUCGGCGGCGGGGAAGGAUGAGGUUUUAGGAGGGAGGGUUUGGGAGUGGACGGAGGGGGAGUUGGGGAAGUGGUUGUAG